CCGCAGCCCACGAGAUUGAACGACGAACAACAGCAGCAGACAGCUUUGAUCACGUCCCCAUUUGGCAUUGAACAAAAGGACGCGCCAAUGGAGCUUGAAGUGUGGACGUUCUGCGUCCGCUGUUUCCAGCGUGACCCGAGCCGCCCAUGCCAGUACUGUGCAAGUCGCAUUCCAGGAGAUGACAACUGUGUCACUGCAGUCCUCUGGUCCUCGUCUUCCAAGCAACCACGCGUUUGGGUGCCUGUGCGGCCACCACCGACGACGCCGCAGGCCCAGUACAUGGCGUGCCCGAAAGGGCGGCAGUGCGAGCACAAGAUCACCUGCCCAAAGGCACAUAGCAGCCCACCGGAAGCUGAAAUCGCCUACUGGAACAUUGAAGCCCCGCCAACCACGCGCCAGCGUACGCUGGACGCUGUUGUCUCCGUCUCCCCCACGCAAACGACGCACCUGGAGCAGCUGCUCACCCGCAUCCUCAACAUCGACUUCAAAACACCCGUCGGGCAGCGUCAGCUCAACAAAGCGUUUGCUCAGGCCAUCGACACUGUUCCCCAGCUCUCCCCAUACCUCGAGACGCUCGGGUGGGAUCCGCUGAAGAAGCAUUUCCAGCCGCCGCCGUGGGACUCGUCAAACCUCAUCCAGCUUCUCCUCGGCAUCACUGAAGGGAUGUCGAUGGGUGAGCUGCGUGCAAGCGUCAACGCGCUGCUGCGCGACGAAGGCCCGCUCGAGGGGAAAUUCGUCCUCGCCCGCUUCUACAAGAAGCACAAGAAGCCGCUGAGCGUGCGCUCGCGGGACAAGCCCGGGCACGAGAAGCUGCGAGAUGUGCUGUGGGACCUCAGCGACGAAAUUGUCGUCUCAGAGGACAAGAAAUCCUUCGUCAUCCGCCUCAAGUCACAGAGUGCGCGCAUGCCGAAGAAACCAGCAAAGUCACCUGAGUGGCAAUUCCGCACACCGCCCUACAUCAACGCCAAGUUUACGCUGUGCAAGAACCUUCCCAACUGCCACUAUGGCAACGAGUGCAACUUUGCUCACAACCCGCUCGAGUUGACGGAGUGGAACGUGCGGGCGCGGCUGCGUCAGAUCAAAUCUGAGCUGCACCAGCAGACAGCACGCUUGCAGGAAACAGACUUGCACAAGCAGCAGCCGGACAUCCUCCAUCGCGUGGCCGUGUCGCAUCCCGAGCGCAAGGAGUGGAGCAUUGGCGGUGUUGCCGCUGUUCGCGUCGACGGGUCGCACAGGAAGAAAAUCAGCGCCGCGUGCUCUGGAGAGCAGGAGCUGAUUCCCAACGCGGUGCUCGGCCCCGCAGCGGACGGACCCGCGCAGGCUGUCGAGGUGUCUGUUGUGUUUGACGGGAAGCAUCCUGGGAAACAUGAGCAGUGGGUCAUCUUCCAAGUCAAGGACUUUGUCACCUCCUACUGCUUCACCAUCGAGGUGGUUGACACGAACACGGCUGACCUGAAGAAGAAGCGGCUGAAGGACAAGACGGACGCGGCGAUCCAAUUCCUGAGCAACCGCCCGAAACCGCUGGAAACGAAGCAGUUUCUUGCGUCACGUUCCAUUGGAAAAGCGGAACUGCAUUCCUCCAUCAACGAAAUGCCUGUUUUGCACUGGGCCGUCACGUUUCACUGCUCCGUGGCAACCAUUGAGGCGCUGCUUGACGCCGGGUGCGAUGCGAGUGCACUUGAUUCGUCGGGGCAGACACCGCUGCACAUUGCCGCGGCCUCGCACCAGGUGGAGGUCGUCAAGCUGCUUGCGUCACGGUACCCGUCGCUCGUGAGCGUGAAGGACAGCAGCGGGUGGACAGCGCUCCAGCUCGCCGGCGCCAACACCAGCUGGCCGUCGGUCCUCGAGCUUGCCAAGAAGGGCGGGGACAUUAAUGCGAUGGACGGGGAUGGAACGACGCUGCUCCACCGCGCCAGCAUCGCCGGCGACCGCGGUGUCGUCUCCUUCCUCCUCGACCUCAAAGCGGACACGCAAGUGAAGGACAGCGACGACCAAGUUCCAUACACAAAGGCGCUCCGCUGCAACCAGGAGGCCAUUGCGCAAUUGCUGCGGUCAUCAUCGCACUCGUUCCAGUCUGCCCCGCAGUCGAUGCAUGCGCAUCAGAUGGCAUCACCGCACCAGUUCGGUGGCCGCUUCAUGCACCCGCACCAGGGGCCUAUGCACCCGUCCCACUUUGCCGCCGCCGCAGCAGCACACAUUCAGCAGCAACAGCAAAGCCAGCAGCAGCAACAACACACCCAGCAGCAGCAGGCACAACAGCCUGUGUUGCUGUCCCCGCACAUGCACACGCACGCCACGCCCCGCAUCACGCUGCAACCUGGCAUGAAGGUUCCGCAGUGGAGGUUUGCACCCGGUGGGCACAUGCAGCACGCUGCUGGUCAGCACGUUGGCAUGCCACCAAAGUCACCAGCGCACAUGGGACAGCCCGCUAUGGUCAGCAUGCAGCACAUGGGGCCACAGGUGUCGCUUGCAUCUCACAUGUCCAUGCCCCGACAACCACAACAACCGCAACAGCAGCAGCAGCAUCAUGGUGGUGUGCCUGGGUCGCCUGGCUCGCACUCCAUCGGCUCACCGCACCAGGGUGCCCAUCACCCCGCCGCCAGCAGCGGCGCCAGCACGGCAGCAGAGCAGAGCACGAGUGCAGCGGGGGCCACACGGCGUAGAGGCAGUCUCAACGGCAGCACACUGCUGUUCCCGGCCAAGCGCAGCCCUGGCUCAAACGCGGGGUCACCACGCCAGGCGCCAAGCCACAGCUCGCCCAGGGCCGGCCCGCUUCCCUCUCGCUCGUUCUCGGAGUCCGCACACGACUACCGCCCCUUCUCGUCGGACCCGCAGCCGUACGUGCCCUCGUCACAGCACCCCAGCACCUCGUACAGCAGUUGGCAAUCGGCGUACCAGCCGCAGGUGUCGGUCGCCACGUCAUCCGCUGCACCAGGGUCGCCCGAACACCGCCAGCACCACCCUGGUGUUGGCACGCCAAUGUCGCCCCGGUCCCGGCUGCAGACCACGGGGCUGGGCAUCACUGCCUCGCAGGUGAGCGAGAUGUCUGCAAGCCCGCUCGCCCGCCAGCAGAGUGCACCCUCUGACAUGCACGCAGCGACCACCGCCGCAAGCACCGGCAUCGGCAACACCCCCAACAGCACCAACAGCGUCACCACCACAACUGCCAGCAGCAGCAGCGCCACCACGUCGUAUGCGCCCACGCUGUCGCCGCUCGGCAAACCACAGGACCUGAGCCCACUGCUGGACAACGAACCCCUCUCUGAUGCAGCCAUCCAACACGCCCUGGGCGAGUUCCAGGACACGCUUGACUCGGACUUUGCUCCCCUGCCAGACGAGGCUGCGAUGCGAAAGGCGUGGGAUGCAAGCACCUCCUCCACAGACACGGAGCUGGACGCGCUGUCCGGUCUUGCGUCGUCGCUGUGGUCGGUGGAUCCACUGACCGCAACAGGGAGUGGCGGGUUUGGGCUUGGCUCGUCGCUAGCGCCAACGCCACCCGUCUUGUCCUCGGCGUCGUCAUCCUUGCUGUCGGGUGGCCCUCUGUCGCAGUUGUUUGACGCGGCACGCGCGGGGGCCGUGGACGCAUUUGCAUCCCUGCUGAGUCAGGUCGGGAAAGGGCCAAAUGUCCAGCAGGACGGCACGCGCGACGGUCUCCUGCACGUCGCAAUCAGGUUUUCAAACCGCGGUGUGUGCCAGCACCUUCUGCAAGACCCGUCGCUUGAAAUGAGCAUGAUCAACGCUAGCGGGAGCACAUAUCUCCACGAGGCCGCCACCACAGGCAGCACCGCCGACCUGUCCUCUCUCAUCACCAGAUGCUCCAACGAUGUGCACGUGAUGUGGAAUUUGGACGGGCAGGCGCCAAUUCACACCGCAAUCUCAUUCGGACACACCCACUUUGUCAAGCACUAUCUCUCCUUGGCACCACACGUUGUCAAUGUGCGCGCCAAGGACGGCAAAACGCCGCUUCUGCUUGCUGUGGAUCGCCUGCACGCAGACAUUGUCCAGGCAUUGUUGGCUGUCCCCACCUGUGAUCCAACGGCGCAGACAAGGACAGGCGACACCGCGCUCCAUAUUGCUGUCAGACAGGCGGCUCCAAAGCCGCUGUUGCAGCAGCUGGUGCAGCACAUGAACGGGCUGUUGGACACCCAAAACGAAGCUGGUGAUACACCACUCCACGUUGCGGCUGCAUUUGAUGUUCCCCAUGCCAUCGACUUUCUCCUCCAACACGGUGCAUCCUCGCACGUGCGGAACCGGGCUGGCCAGACGCCCGUUGCUGUAUCGCAGCAGCAACAGCGGCACAACCACGGCAUCAUCUAUGCACAGUACACGCGACGCUGCUCCAACUGCGGUAUGCAGGAUGGCACGCCCGGGGUGACACUGCGAAGCUGUGCCAACUGCCACACAAAGCUGUACUGCUCCAAGUCGUGCCAGGAGAAGGACUGGUACGCAAAGCACUCGCAGGAAUGCGAGAUGCUUCGGCAGCGGUAUGAGGGGCAGCACGGCCCAGCGUGA